GCGGGCAGGGGCGAGGCUCGAGCCCGGUGGAGGGACGGCGAGGGGGCUCCGGUACCUGUCUCGGGCGUCCUGGGCGCCGUCCCCGGCCUCGGCUGCUUCCUUUCUGCGUCGCCGCCCGUUCCGCUUCCGCCGCGUCUGGGCUCGCUGGUUUCUCCCGGGCGGUCGAACAAAAGAUGAGCAAAAACAAGGAUGAUGCACCCCAUGAAUUGGAGAGCCAGUUUGUACUCCGACUGCCUCCGGAAUAUGCUUCGACUGUGCGGAGGGCAGUCCAGUCUGGGAGCGUCAACCUGAAGGACAGGCUCACCAUUGAGUUGCAUGCAGAUGGGCGCCAUGGGAUUGUGCGAGUUGACCGAGUCCCCUUGGCUGCCAAGCUGGUGGACUUGCCCUGCAUCACUGAGAGCUUAAAAACCAUUGAUAAGAAAACUUUCUAUAAGACAGCAGAUAUUUGUCAGAUGCUUGUGUGCACUGUGGAUGGUGAGCUCUACCCCCCUUUGGAAGAGCCAGCUGCAAGUACGGACCCCAGAGCCAACAAGAAGAAGGACAAGGAUCGGGAGAAGAAGUUCAUCUGGAACCAUGGCAUCACUCUCCCAUUGAAGAAUGUGAGGAAGAGGCGAUUCAGAAAGACAGCCAAAAAGAAGUACAUAGAGUCUCCAGAUGUGGAGAAGGAAGUGAAGCGCCUACUGAGCACAGAUGCUGAAGCCGUCAGUGUCCGCUGGGAAAUCAUCGCAGAAGAUGAAACAAAAGAAGCUGACCACCACGGUUCACUCACAGGCUUGGAUAUUUCUUCCCCUGGGAUGUCUGGACACAAGCAGGGCCAUGGCUCAUCGGAACAUGAUGAACUCAGAGAGAUAUUUAAUGACAUCAGUAGCAGUAGUGAAGAUGAAGAUGAAAGGGAUCACCAUGACGACGAAGACCUAAACAUCAUGGAUACGGAAGAAGAUCUGGAGAGAAGGUUGCAAGGCAAGCUGAACGAAUCGGAUGGACAGCAGCAAGAAAACGAAGGGACCAACCAGAUAGCCCUGGGGAUCCAGAAGCAGAUUGACAAUCUGAAAGACAAGCUGCAAGAGACCCAGGAGCGCAGAAAACGGCAAGAAGAUCUCAUUAUGAGAGUAGAAAACUUGGCUCUCAAGACCCGUCUCCAAGCUGUGCUAGAUGAGUUCAAACAGCAGGAAGAGCGAGAGAAGCAGGAGUUGGCCUGUCUUCAGGAGCAGCUGGAAGCCCUUAUGGAGAAGUGAAGCUAGCUUAAACCCCCAGGCAGCACAAUAGGUUGGGUCAUCUGGAGAGUUCCGGAACCUUCCUUUGGAACUUGAGAACUAAAAAUUGCCAAUGGGGACUCAUGGCGUUCCAUGUCUGACCAGCAGAUUCCUGUCAGUGGUUUGGAGCUGGUUGAUGUCUUCAGGGACUCAGACCAAAACUGCAGACGCUAGUGAAAAUGGGGUUUUCCUGAGGGCUAGCCAUGUAUGUGAUUUGUGUAUGCUAAUGAAAGGGUAAAUGUUGCAAAAAUCUUGGUCUCUAAAGAACCUGCCUUUUUACUUACAAAUAAGCCAAAAUACAACAAUUACUGUUUUUCAACUAGUUCUCUUCUGGGAGCAGCAUGAAUUGAGUUAUCUGGAGAAGUGACUCUAGAGUAUGUUCUUUCCCCUUAUCAAUACAUACACUUUUGCGAAGGAAGAUGUGUGAUUUCACCCUACCCUAACCUUCUGUUGAUAUAAUUUCAUAUUCAUCCAUACGAAAUAAAAGUGAAUAAAGUUGUUUGUGUA